AUGGAACAUUUUAAACCAAUAGUAGCAUUAUUUAUAUGUUUGGCCAGCGGGGCAGCAGAGAUACCAGAAGUGGUAGAAUUGGUAAUUGGUCAACCGUUUCGUUAUGUAUUUCGAAUUAAUUCAAAUGUAUUGGAUGUCCAGGACGCAUCCGGUGAAGAACUACCAACAUGGUUAAUUUGGAAAAGAAAUGAACGGAUUUUGGAAGGUAUACCACAACCUACUGAUGCUGGAAAAACAUUUUUACGGAUAAUGAACAAUCAGACGAACGAUGUGAUGGAAAUUUCCGUCAAGGAAGAAAUCAUAAAUCCAUGUGGUUUGGAAAGGAAUACGUUAUGGAUGGAAAUUGCAUUUGAUACUUCGCUUAGCAGUCUGAGUAUUAAUGAUCAGUUGCAUCUUGUUAAUAUUAUCGAAAAAUUUUUUAAUAUUAACAGUUCCUCUCUUCGUGUUUAUUCAAAUAAGUACAAGGAAGGAGUAAGACGUUCAGAAGUUGUAGAAUCCGGUAUGCAACAUAAGCCGAACAGUGAUUCAACGACAAUUAUGUGGAAAGUUUCCUGCGAAGAAAUUGAUGAGGAUGCUAUUGAUGUGCUAGAAAGAAUGCUCACGUUCGAUGAGAGUGAUGCUUUGGCAGUAUUACGCCAAAAACUGUUGGGUUGGGAGCUCAGAAAAGGAACCUUAUUACCGCGGAAACAACGUAACCAUAUUGCCGGAGCCGAUGUCGUAUCUCAGCUUUCGGAUUUUGGUACGAAUGAACCAUAUGUUAAUUUUGAAGCGACAACUUCUAAAACCACAACACGUUCUUCGCGCUCUACAAAAAAAGAUGACGAACCUCCAGUUCGACUGCAUUCACUUCAAGCUUUUACUUGCAGGAGAGGUAUGAUGUGCGAGUAUACCAUUCCGAGGGAAACAUUUAUUGAUGCGGAAGAUGGAGAUACGCGUUCACUUAGUUUAUCCGUUUAUCCAAUUAUUACUGAAGACAAUUGGCUUACGUUAGAUAGGAAAAAUAAGCAGAUUUUACACGGCAUCUCAUUGAGUACGGGAGAUUUUGAAUUUCGGUUGGAAGCGCGAGACUCUGCAAAUCAGGCAAGCGAAACGUUUGUUCUUAUAAUUGCAUUGGAUUAG